AUGGAUGACAUCGACACCACCGCUGAAGAAACCUCAUUUACGGCCGAUGAUAAUGGUAGAAAUGAUGUCGGUCGGACCGAUAACGAUCAUAGUAAUGAAGAAGAUGACAACAGCGAUAACGAUUCAUGGUCAUCAUAUGAUAUCUUACCUUCAGAGGAUUUUUCAAAUAAUGAACAUGGUGCAGACAGUGAAAACGAAGAUGUGGACGUUGGGAAUGAGCAAAAUAAUUUUGAGGAAUCGUGGGCCGAUAACUUGAGCCAGGAGGGUUCAGAUGGUCCCGAUAGUGGUGACGACGAAGCAGAGCUGGACAUUGAGGAGGCUCAAUACCAGCAGCGCGUGUUGGAGACACGUUGGAAGGUCAUGGCUAUGACUUUUCGGUCACAAGGGGAUGCAUAUAUAUUCUACAACAGGCACGCCAAAGAACAUGGGUUCAACAUCAGGAGAGAGAAGGUGAAACGAGGGAAGGGUGCUUCAGGACUAAUAUGGUUCAGGCGGUUUUUUCUGCUCUAGGGGAGGGAGAAGGCAGAGGAAAUUCAUAACCAUGGAGGGUCGCACCCGCAGGCUUAGACCCGAGACUUGAUGCGAGUGCGGUGCACAGAUGGUGGUGAAAUUGGACAGGGCACGAGGAGUUUGGUUCAUCGCGUCAUUUGUAGAUGAUCACAACCAUGCGAUGGCUCGACCCGAUGAGGUUCCUUUUUUGUGGUCACACAGAUGGAUUGGAGAUGGCACGAGGGCAGAGAUACUGGCUAUGCAAGGGGCUGGAACCAGGAAGCAUAUAAUUGUGGACAACUUCAUCAGUAGGUACGGUUCGUAUGACAAAUGCGGACUUAUUAGGCGGGACGUGUACAAUCUUUGCUGCAGAGAGAAGAUGAAGCUCAUAGCAAAGGGUGAUGCUGAGACGGCAGUGGGCAUUAUGAGGAGCAGAAAGGCGAAGGACCCAGACUUCUUCUUCGAGUACGAGCUAGAUAAGGAAGGGCGGUUGAAGUGUAUGUUCUGGUGCGAUGCACAGUCGCGGAGGGACUAUCAGGACUACGGAGAUGUGGUCGUGUUUGACAGCACGUAUAAGAUGAACAGAUAUGGUAUGACGUUCGUCCCCUUCGUCGGUGUUAAUAACCACCGUUGCACAACAGUUUUUGGGUGCGCCAUUGUUUCCGACGAGAACGAAGCGACGUAUGUGUGGCUGCUCCAUACUUUUAUGAGGGAAAACUGUCAGCAGAAGCCAAAGUCAAUUAUCACAGACGGUGGCGCUGCAAUGCUCCGAGCGAUUCGGAGUGUCCUUUCAGAUGUGCUCCAUCAUAUUUGCUCGUGGCAUAUCGAGAAAAAUAUGCAGAGGCACCUACCUUACAAGUCACUAGAUGAGUUUAGAUCGCUCCUGUACUAUGCCACCUCUGAAGAGAACUUUGAGGAGAGAUGGACCGCCUUUGUCAAUAAAUGGAAGACGGAUAAAACUAAAGAGUGGCUGAGGAGGAUGUAUAGGAAGAGGAGACUAUGGGCAGCAUCAUAUCUUUCGGAUGGCUUUUUUCUUGGUAUGCGUAGUAACCAGAGGAGCGAAAGCCUCAACUCCUCCCUUCACCUUCACCUUCACCUCGACUAUGGUAUGACCAUAGUUGAUUUGGUAGUGCAUUAUGAGAACUGCAUAGUUCGCCUCCGUGAGAACGAGGCGAAUGAUGAUUGUGAGGCCAAUCAGAAAGUACCACCGGCGGUUACUGAAUAUAAGGACAUUGAGGAGCAUGCUGCCAAAGUAUUCACUCCUGCUAAUUUCUACAUUCUGCAAAAUGAUUUGAAGUAGAUGGGAGAACUGGAGAUAUUUGAGAUGCUGGUGGGAAUUAAGCGCCAGACCUUCAUCGUCACAUGGCAGAAUAACCACAAGUUCAGGUAUAAUGUUCUGUAUGAACCAGGUAACUCAGAAGAAACCUUAUCAUGCACGUGUCGCGGGAUGGUUCGGAAAGAGCUGCCUUGCAAACAUAUUCUCUUUGUUUUGCAUCAUCUUAAAUUGUCUGAAAUACCAAAGUGUUGUGUCCUCCAUCGGUUGUCGAAAGAUGCGAGAGAUGGGUUGCCAGCGCAAUGCAAGAGUGAUCUUUUUGGUUGGGGUUGGUCUGGGCCAGUCAAGUUAGCAUAAAAUCAGCAGAAGCUGCUCAUGUUGCAGCAAAUGAUCCCUUCUUGUUUGAUGAAUUGAUGAAGUGCCUAGACGGUAUAAUAGCAAGGAAGAAGAUCCCGGAAGAGGAACUCAUAGGAUGCAGAAGGUGUGCUCUAAUUGCGAAGCAGGCAAUUCAAGCGGAAGAAGGUGCAGCAGGUAUACGUGAUCCUGAGAAAGUUUCGACGAACGGUGCACCUAAGAAAGGCCGGUCAAAGGGUGGCCCUGACGUUAUGAAAAAUGGUAGACCUAAAGAUUUUAGAGAGAAGAAAAGUGGUCCAUUGUGCAGUCUUUGUAAUUUACCAGGUCAUAACAAGGCGACAUGUAGUCUAAACGAGAAGUAAGUUUUACAUUCUUAUUUCAGUUAUGUUGUGUGUUCGGUUUUACCAACUAUAUUUUCUCACACGCGUUCUUUAUAUUUCUUUCA